AUGACCGCUCUCGCCGCCGCUUCCGCGCGCGUCGCCGCGCCCGCGCGCGUUUCGAACCGCCGCGCCGUCGUCGCGAGGGCGUCGUCCGCCCCUCCGUCCUCCUCCGCCGCGUCGAGCGCGAUCGCGUCUCGCCGGUCCCUCGUCGCGGGCACCGCCGCGCUCGUCGCGUCGAACGCCGCGCUCGUCCGCGCGGCGUUCGCGGACGGCGACGAGGAGUACCGCGACGGCCCGGACGGGAUCAAGUUCAUCGACCUCGCGAUCGGGAAGGGCGAGGAGCCGUUCGAGGGCGACACCCUGAAGGCGAACUACCAGCUGAACGUGAACGGGAAGAAGGUGGACUACGCCAAGUUUUUCGUCUUCUCGAUCGGCACCGGCGAGGUCAUCAGAGGAUGGGAGACGAUCGUCGUCGGCGGCGGCGACAUGACGCCGAUGAGGGUGGGGAGCAAGCGGAAGGCGAUGAUUCCUCCGGAGUUGGCGUACGGCGCGAAAGGCGCGGGGUGCGGCGGCGACGGCGUGUGCCGGAUUCCCCCGGGCUCGACGCUCGAGUUCACGAUCGAGCUCGUGGGCAUCGUGUGA